AAUAUCAAGAAGAUGAAUGCACAACAGCAGAAGUUACUUGAUGGACUGAAUGACCUCCUUCAUUCUGAAGAGUUGACCGAUGUCACACUUAUGGCAGAUGAUGCAGAGUUUCAGUGUCACAGAAAUGUUCUGGCUGCCAGUAGCCCAUAUUUCAGAGCUAUGUUCACUGCAGAUGUCAGAGAAAAUAGACAGAAAAUAAUACCAAUCCAUGGUGUAAGUAAGAAGGCUUUGGGAAUUGCUGUAAAGUUCAUGUAUACAGGGACCGCAGACAUUACCAAUGACAACGUCCAAGUGCUUAUAACAGCAUCCAACCUCUUCCAGCUGGAAACACUUUUAGGUGCUUGUGCAGAUUACAUGAUGAAGGAGAUUUGCAUGGAAAACUGUUUCGAUGUGUAUGAUUUUGCAGAGCUCCAUUGUCUUCCAGCUCUAAGAGAAGAGGCAAAAUUGUUUAUUCUUGAACAUUUUGUGGAACUUUUCCAAAAUGAGCUCAACUUGAAAAAAACUGAUAAAAGUAAAUUUAGUGAUUUGAUAUCGGACGAUGAAGUUAACGUUGAGAAAGAGGAAGUCAUUUAUCAGAUCUUGGUGAGAUGGGUGGAUGCCGACAGGGAAAAUCGUGCAGCCAGUUUUCCAAGUCUUUUCGGUCAUGUUAGAUUAGCACUGAUGAAUCGAGAUUUCAUUUCAUCUGAAAUCGACACCAACCCGCUUGUUGCCAACAAUCCAUUCUGCAAAAGCAUGAUCUCCGUGGCAAAGAUUUACAAUCUUGCAAAAAUGAGUGGUGCCGAUUGGAAGCUGGCGGGGAUGUUCAAAACGAAAAUGCUGAUAUUUUCAGGAGGCACCCGCACUGAAGAGCAGCGAUCUUUUAGCUGUUUUGAUCCAGAAACAAAUAAAAACUAUUAUGGAAUUGAGCCUGACCCGCCGCAUGACUGCAAAUUUAAGAUCAGUCGCUAUAAGUUGGCAGUAACCAGGGAUUCCAACAUCUUCUUUCUUGGUGGUGAAUUAUGCAAGACAGAUAUUUCUCUUGCUCUGGAUUCUGUGUACAGGUAUGUUCCUAAGCUGAGGAACUGGGAACGGUGUCGGUCGAUGCAUUCUGCCCGUUGCUCAUUUCCCGUUGCAGUGACUGGAGACAGGAUUUACGUCUUCGGUGGCUCGGAGGGUCACAAAGAUGUCACAACACCGUUAAAUGCUGUUGAAUUCUAUGAAACGGAAGACGAUGAAUGGCAGAUCGUUUCGCCAAUGCCUGUGGCUAUUUUUAACCAGGCAGCCUGCAUGUAUCAGGAAGAUGUGUUCAUAUUCGGUGGCCAGCACAGUGCAGAUGGUGAAACCCAGUACCUCGACACAGUUCUCAAAUACUCACUAGGCACCGAUACCUGGACUCUGGUGACCACGGAAAUGGUGAAUCCUCGUGCCAGAUGUUCUUCCAUCCUCUUCAAAGACCAGAUAUAUGUAAUCGGCGGCUGCAGCAAGUACCAAAAUAUUCUUUCAGUGGAUAUCUACAAUCCAGUCAAAAACACAUGGAAAUUUGGAAAAGAUUUUCCAGAACAGAGAACAACCUUGGCUGAGACCCAGUUUGAUGAUGUCAUAUAUGUCAUUGGUGGACGUGUUCACUUGCCAGUGCUUUCCCGGUCAGGUAGUAGACGAACUAUUGAGGCAAAAGAUCUGUAUAAAUAUGACCCCGACAGCGAUGAAUGGACAAAGGUAGUGAAGCUGAUACCACAUGCCAGUUUUGAAAUAUGCACCACAGCCCUUGUUGACACUCAGUUUCUUAAAGAAACUGGUUUUAUUAGUGGUUUAUAA